AUGGUCAAUGGAAACCACGAUGCCAAACCUGUCAAGGAAAGCACGAAUCACGUGGUGGUGGUUGGCGCUGGUCCUGGCGGUCUCAUGUUGGCGUCUAAUCUGGUUCGAUAUGGAAUCAAAGCAACAAUCGUUGACGACCGUGUUGACAAGACGUCCACUGGUCGAGCCGAUGGUCUUCAACCGAAGACGAUCGAGACGUUCAAGCAACUUGGCUUGGCUGGCCCACUCUUACGGAGGGGCGUCAGAAUCUAUGAUAUCUGCUUCUGGAAUUCUUCAGCUGAUACUCCUCUCCGCAGGACGGGUAGAGAAGUGCAUUACCCGCCGGAGGUAGUCGACGUAGAAGAGCCAUACAUCCUUCUUGUUCACCAAGGAAUGAUAGAGGAUAUUUUUCUCAAAGACUUAAGAAUGCGAGGCGUUGAAGUGAUUCGAAGCAGCCCAUUCUUAUGUUACUCGCAAAAGAAAGAUGGGAACUCUCCCGUAGAGGUCGAAUGCACUGACCUGAAAACGGGAAAGACUCGACCUUUCAAGACUCAGUACCUAGUCGGCUGCGAUGGCGCUCAUUCUAAAGUCAGCAAGGUAAUGCUUGGCCCUGUUGAGCACAAUGAGAGCUCGAAAUCAGCGUGGGGAGUUCUGGACGGCGUUAUUGAGACCGAUUUUCCCGACCGUUGGAGUAAAGCUGUGGUCAGCUCAGAAACCGCAGGAUCAAUUUUGUGCAUCCCCAGAGAACGAAACAUGACCAGGCUGUACAUUGAGCUCCAUCCAGCAGAGGCUCCAAUAUCCUCAGAUGCUGCGACUGAGGAAUUUGUGAUGUGGCGAGCCAGGGAGAUCAUGAAGCCCUUCUCCCUCUCGUGGAAGACAGUUGAAUGGUUUGGAAUUUACAAAGUGGGACAACGAGUCGCCAAGCGAUUUUCUGACGAUCUGGAGCAAGUUUUUAUAGCUGGAGAUGCAGCUCAUUCACACUCUCCCAAAGCAGCUCAGGGCAUGAAUGUCAGUAUGCAUGACAGUUUCAAUCUUGCAUGGAAACUCAAUCUAGCCGUCCGAGGCCUUGCAGCUCCGGGUCUGCUUUCGACCUACGAGCAAGAGAGGAAGAAGAUCGCCGAAGACCUCAUCGACUUCGACUUUGGUCAUGCAAAUGCAAUCUCGGCAGGUGACCCCGUAGCUUUGGCCGAAAACUUCACCAAGAACAUCCGAUUCAUCUCCGGAGUUGGUGCAGAGUAUUCAGAAAACAUCCUCAACGUACUUGAAAAGAAUUCCAAAGGAGGAUUACGAUCCGGCUCGUUGCUGUUGCCUGCCAAGGUCACGAGAUACAUCGACGCCAACCCCGUCGAUAUCCAGCUCGAUAUUCCAAUGCUCGGACAGUUCCGCAUCUUUUUCUUUACUCCAGACGUCAAAACCGCUUGCGCCUUCCUUGACAAAGUUUGCGAAGAGAUUGCGUCUCCAAGAACGAUUCUUGGCCGUGUGUCCAAUGCUGCUGCGGUUUCUUAUGCUACGCUCAGCCCAGUUCACACUGAGAUGGAUGAAUUCGUCCAGCCAAACCGGUACACUGGUGCCUCGAAAGUCUUCACUUACUCCAUAGUAACAACCAUGAACAAGGAAGACGUUGAGAUUGCCGAUCUUCCGCGACUCCUACAGGACAGCUGCUGGACUUUCUACUUGGAUUCUGUGAUGAAGAAGCCGACUUGCACUGAGAAGUGGCUUGGAAAGCUUUCCGAGCACGAGGUUGCGAUUGUGAACGUGAGGCCGGAUGGAUAUGUGGGAAGCGUUGGUCGCUGGAAUGCGAUUGAUGUUGGCGCUGACUGUGAAGCAGUGACUUGGCUGGAUGCAUAUUACAAGGGUUUCUUGAAAGCUUGA